AUGGUGUACAUCCCGCCCUUCUCACCAACCCCGGGAUACCUGACCCCCAUCCCCCACUUCCUCAUGCCGUACCCAACGGCCGUCAUCAACUACCGAUGGUCCCCGUCCCGAUCCGAGUCUCCGGUCUCCACCCCACCGGAAGCCGAACACGACCCAGAACCCGACUUCAACUUCACCACGCCUCUCACAUGGCCCACUCCCUUACACGACGUCCUCGCCGGCUACACCUGGAUCACAGAAAACCUCCUACCCUCCGGCACCAACUCCCGCCGCGACAUAUACGUAUACAGCUCCCACGCCGGCGCCAGCAUGGCCACCUCUCUAGCCCUGACUGAGUCCCAUCACCAUGCCCGCAUGGCCGUCCGUGGACUGAUCGCCUGGAACGGCAUCUACAACUGGUCCAUGUUUCUCCCGGACCACAAGAUCAACAGGCCCGCCACCGCGCGCAGCAAGAAACUCCCGCCACGGCCUGAGGAAGGGUCGGCGCUGCAUAUGCUGCAGAUGAAGAUGGAGAACCUGUUUCGCUCACCGGUAGACCUGUUCGACCCGUUUGUGAGCCCUAGUCUCCUCUUCCAGACGCCCGGCAUGAACGCGCCGUCGAGCUUCCUACGGGCAGAGGCCGUGUCGUCGUUAUUGGAACGGCUUUCCUCUGUCAACUCGGACGUGAAGCCGGCUGAUAUCCUUGGCCUUACCGAAGGGUUGAUGAUGGCAGCGCCGAGGCGGAGUGCGCUUGUGUUCCCGCCGAGAAAGUCGACGCUCAAGCUGCCUCAUGCUUUGUUACUCCAUGAUACCCCGACUGAACCUGUGACGAGGCGUAAGACGACGACGAGGAAAAGCAGCUUGGCAUCUUCCAUGGCUGGAGAACUCGCUUCUAAGACGGCGAGGAGACGGAAGGUGGCAGGGCACACGUUUGAAGCCCAGGCUACGGAGCUGGCGGGGUUGAUGAGGCGGAGCUUGGAGAAGCUGGAGUUCAAGGCGAGGCUGCAGUGGGACGAGGACUUUGACGUGGAAGCCGAGGCUGAGAGGCGGGUGACUGUCGUCGAGGUUGGUGCGAACGAGGGGCUUGAGCUUGGUGAACGUGGGGAGGAUGCCAUUGCGGAGUGGUUGGAGGACAGGAUACGUUUGUGA